UAUCCGCCCCCUCUCCUUCCUCUUUGCCCGCGAGGCCUGGGCCCCAGCCCACCAGGGCCCUCCCCGCUCCACCGAGGGGAUGCCCCGCGUUCUCCGGGCUGGCCCGCCCUGCGGUUUACCGGCGCCCUGCUCUGCGCGGGCGGGAGACCGUGGCGGGGCCCCCCUUGCCGGAAGAGGAAGCUGAGGCUCUGAAAUUCCGAGUCAGCCAACGUUCACUGGGCACCCCCUGAGCGCUGGGUGCUGGCCUUCGAACUUCCACGUUCGUUAUCUUAUUUGAGCCUCACUGGGGUUGGGAGCAGGGUACUGGCCGGGUUUACAGAUGAGGAAACGGAACGGAAGCCCACGGAGCCGAAGGGACUUGGCUAAAGCCCGACCGUGAUAGAUCGGAUUUGGACCGAGACGUUCUGGUUUCCCAGCCGGGCUUUUCUCGAUACUGCCUCACUCUAGGUUUGGAUGGUAACAAAAGGAGGACUCCUGUGAGAAGAGAGCAGGAUGAGUGGAGGGAUCUGUGCUUGAAGUUGAGUCACUUGAAAAAGAUCUCUUUGAAUGUGGAAGAGAUCUGAGCAGAUGAAAAUACAAUCAGGAAAAUGCAACAUGGCAGCAGCUAUGGAAACAGAACAGCUGGGUGUUGAGAUCUUUGAAACUGCAGAGUGUGAGGAGAAUAUUGAAUCAGGGGAUCGGCCCAAAUUGGAGCCAUUUUAUGUUGAGCGAUAUUCCUGGAGUCAGCUUAAAAAGCUGCUUGCCGAUACCAGAAAAUACCAUGGCUACAUGAUGGCUAAGGCACCACAUGAUUUUAUGUUUGUGAAGAGGAGUGAUCCAGAUGGGCCUCAUUCAGACAGGAUCUAUUACCUUGCUAUGUCUGGUGAGAACAGAGAAAAUACACUGUUUUAUUCUGAAAUUCCCAAAACCAUCAACAAAGCAGCAGUCUUAAUGCUUUCUUGGAAGCCUCUAUUGGAUCUUUUUCAGGCAACACUGGAUUACGGAAUGUAUUCUCGAGAAGAAGAACUGUUAAGAGAAAGAAAACGCAUUGGAACAGUUGGAAUUGCUUCUUAUGAUUAUCACGAAGGAAGUGGAACAUUCCUCUUUCAGGCUGGCAGUGGAAUAUAUCAUGUAAAAGAUGGAGGGCCACAGGGGUUCACUCAACAACCCUUACAGCCCAAUUUGGUGGAGACUAGUUGUCCCAACAUUAGGAUGGAUCCAAAAUUAUGCCCAGCUGAUCCGGACUGGAUUGCUUUUAUACAUAGCAAUGACAUUUGGAUCUCCAACAUUGUAACCAGAGAAGAAAGAAGGCUCACCUAUGUGCACAAUGAGCUAGCCAACAUGGAAGAGGAUCCCAGAUCAGCUGGAGUUGCUACCUUUGUUCUUCAAGAAGAAUUUGAUAGAUACUCUGGCUAUUGGUGGUCUCCAGAAGCUGAAACAACUCCCAGUGGCAACAAACUUCUUAGAAUUUUGUAUGAAGAAAACGAUGAGUCUGAGGUGGAAGUUAUUCAUGUUACAUCCCCUAUGUUGGAAACAAGAAGGGCAGACUCAUUUCGUUAUCCUAAAACAGGCACAGCAAAUCCAAAAGUCACUUUUAAGAUGUCAGAAAUAAUGAUCGAUUCUGAAGGAAGGAUUAUAGAUGUCAUAGAUAAGGAACUAAUUCAGCCUUUUGAGAUUCUCUUCGAAGGUGUUGAAUAUAUUGCCAGAGCUGGCUGGACUCCAGAGGGAAAAUAUGCUUGGUCCAUCCUGCUAGAUCGCUCCCAAACUCGCCUACAGAUAGUGUUGAUCUCACCCGAAUUAUUUAUCCCAGUAGAAGAUGAUGCCAUGGAAAGACAGAGGCUCAUCGAGUCAGUGCCUGACUCUGUGACACCACUGAUCAUCUAUGAAGAAACAACAGACAUUUGGAUAAAUAUCCAUGAUAUCUUUCAUGUUUUUCCCCAAAGUCAUGAAGAUGAGAUUGAAUUUAUUUUUGCCUCUGAAUGCAAAACAGGUUUCCGUCAUUUAUAUAAAAUUACAUCCAUUUUAAAGGAGAGCAAAUAUAAACGAUCCAGUGGUGGACUGCCUGCCCCAAGUGAUUUCAAGUGUCCUAUAAAAGAAGAAAUAGCAGUUACCAGCGGUGAAUGGGAAGUUCUUGGCCGGCAUGGAUCUAAUAUCCAGGUUGAUGAAGUCAGAAAACUGGUAUAUUUUGAAGGCACCAAAGAUUCUCCUUUAGAACAUCACCUAUAUGUGGUCAGUUAUGUAAAUCCUGGAGAAGUGACAAGGCUAACCGACCGUGGCUAUUCCCACUCUUGCUGCAUCAGCCAGCAUUGUGACUUCUUUAUAAGUAAGUAUAGUAACCAGAAGAAUCCACACUCUGUGACCCUUUAUAAGCUAUCAAGUCCUGAAGAUGACCCAACUUGCAAAACAAAGGAAUUUUGGGCCACCAUUUUGGACUCAGCAGGUCCUCUUCCUGACUAUACCCCUCCAGAAAUUUUCUCCUUUGAAAGUACUACUGGAUUUACAUUGUAUGGGAUGCUUUACAAACCUCAUGAUCUACAACCUGGAAAGAAAUACCCCACUGUGCUGUUCAUAUAUGGUGGUCCCCAGGUGCAGCUGGUGAAUAAUCGGUUCAAAGGAGUCAAGUAUUUCCGUUUGAACACUCUAGCCUCUCUGGGUUAUGUGGUUGUAGUGAUAGACAACAGGGGAUCCUGUCACCGAGGGCUUAAAUUUGAAGGCGCCUUUAAAUAUAAAAUGGGGCAGAUAGAAAUCGACGACCAGGUGGAAGGGCUCCAGUAUCUAGCCUCCCGGUACGACUUCAUCGACUUAGAUCGAGUGGGCAUCCAUGGCUGGUCCUAUGGCGGAUACCUCUCCCUGAUGGCUUUAAUCCAGCGAUCGGAUGUCUUCAGGGUUGCUAUUGCCGGGGCCCCAGUCACCCUGUGGAUCUUCUAUGACACAGGCUACACGGAGCGUUACAUGGGCCACCCUGACCAGAACGAACAGGGCUAUUACUUAGGAUCUGUGGCCAUGCAAGCAGAAAAGUUCCCCUCAGAACCAAAUCGCUUACUGCUCUUACACGGAUUCUUAGAUGAGAAUGUCCACUUUGCACACACCAGUAUAUUACUGAGUUUUUUAGUGAGGGCUGGAAAGCCAUAUGAUUUACAGAUCUAUCCUCAGGAGAGACACAGCAUAAGAGUUCCUGAAUCUGGAGAACAUUAUGAACUGCAUCUUUUGCACUACCUUCAAGAAAACCUUGGAUCACGCAUUGCUGCUCUGAAAGUGAUAUAGUUCUGACCUGUGUAGGACUCUGGUGUGCACUGGCUGUUUGACCAAAUGAGGAGGUUUAAUCCGUGGAGAGCAUAGAACUGAUCAUCACAUUUCGAUACAUAACAUCUACUUCCGGGAGUGUAUUUGGUGCCAUGCAGACAUCAACAGCUUGUGGAUAGUAAUCUAAUACCUUAACCAUACACACAGGAAAUUGAAUGACACAUUUCUGAGGGAUCCAGCAAUACCUUGAGAAUUACUGACAGAAGACAUUAUCACUAUGUAUCCCUGUUACCUUAUUUUCACUUUUAAUAGCAUUAUAAACCUCAUGGACUUAAUUAGUGUAUUUUUACAGUAUACUUCUGAGUUUGUUAAAAUAUGAUGAUAUUAGUGAUUGGUUUGGUUCAAUUCCAGAAUCUCUGACUAGUUACAGAUUUGAUAGCACUUAAAUGUAAUUGAAUAGCUUAUGCUUCAUUGCUUGGGGUAUAUCCGGCAUGUUAUGGACUAAUCACUAUUAAACCCAUGACUUAACCAGUCAUUAAUGAUUUUUCAAGAAAAACGUAGUGGCCUCCUAAAGACACUUCCAUUGUUUCAUUCAGGCUCUGGCCGGUCUUUAGCCAGUUUUAACUGUAUCUAGGAUAAAUAGUUCUCUUCGAUGAUAUGACAGAGUGAGUUUUCCUUUCGCAUAAAGGCGAGUAACUAUAUGUAGCAUGGAUUUAACUAGUCUUAUAAUACUGAUAAUUACAGGCAGAAAAAUUUUAAUCAAACUAUUAGAGCUUGAAUAUUUAUAGGCAAUUUCUUUUCCUUUAGGAAAAGGGAAAAAGUACACAUUCACUUGUAUUCUUCAGAAAACAGCGGUGCCAGUUUCCACUGGGUAUUUUCUAAAUAAAAUGUUCCAGGGCUUCAGGGAGACGAGCGGGAAUCGCGGUGGGGCAGGGAGAUCCGGCUAUGGCGGGCGACAGGCAGCGGGAGGCGAGGGCCUGCCUGAGAACCAAGCAGAAGUAUAAUUUGACCACAAGUACUCAUGAAAAGUUUGGAAGGUAAGAUUUAAAUUCCCAAAAUGUUAGGAAACCAGAAUUUAAAAAUUACUCUCUUGCCAGCACAGUUACAGACUAAUGUUAUUCAGGAGAGGAAAAGUUCUUAAGAGUUACUUUCAUAAUUCUAAGUUUAAUUUUUUAUUUUCUUUUAGUUUUAGAAACAUUACAAAUUUAAACUGCCUUCAUCCUUUUUAAAUCAUUUGAACAUAAUUUCGGUAUUAUGAGCUUAAAGAGAUUUCCAGAACAACCUCUUUAGCAUAAACUGAUCCCAACCUCUCUCUUUCAGUGUUCAAAGCCCAUAUAAACAAGUUCCUGAAUGGCCGUGACAGUUCCUGGGUUAGCUCUAGCACUUGACUGCUGAGGGAGCUCAUAGGCUUUCAGGUGCUGAUUGGGGUCUGUCCCUUAGAGUCUUGGGUGCUGGGGUGGGUCACAUUGGAGCCACAGGCAGAGGAUGCACCUAUGAAUUUGACCCUUUUUAUCACAAGCCUCCGUGUUUGGAAAGUUGUUACCAGUACUUUUAAAAAACGCUCCAGGGAAAAUAGCUUUUCUUCUCUCUCUGACCACUACACAGAGUAGGUUUCUCCCAUAGAGGGCCCAGCCUCAGUUAGUUAAGAACGGCAACUGUGUGGCAGAGGUGGGCUUCCUCACUGAGGGCGGGAUGGCAGGUGACCUGGGGUUCUGUUCUCGGAAGGGGGGUGGGUUUUCCGUUUGUAGGUGUGUCCUGUGUAAUAGGCACCACACUUUCCCCUUUGGUCUGUGUGUGUAUUGAUGUUCUCGUUCAUGGUACUUUCCCGUGUCAAGAUUUGUUUCUAUUUUUUCAAUGUUAAGUUAAAUUGAUUUGGGUAACUUUUCUUCCCCACGUAUUUUCCCACAUGAUUUAAGCAUAUAUUUGACGAUGGAAAGCUGGAUUUUUUGUGGUCUGGUUGGCCCCAGGGAUCUCAUCCUUACCCUAAUCUGCCAGGUAGAAAUGGUUUGGACAGUGGCUGUUAGCUAUGCAUUUGAAGCCCUUCGCCCAUUCAGGCUGUUUCUUUAAAAUAGCAUCUCUUAUUUUACCAAACAAACCUUACAAAACCUCACGCACUCUGGAAUUCACAGGUUUUCCUUUUGCAUGUUGCCUUCUCCUUUCCUCCUGUCACGAGGAAUGCUUCUGUUACAAUUCUCGGUCACUUAAAUGCCGGUCUCUUUCUGAAGGGGAAAUACCUGACUGAAUUCACUUGCAGAAAGACAGCUCGACUGAAUUCAGUUUUUUCAAACUAAUGUGUAAGACAUCAUAAUCAAUUCAAGCAAUCAGUAGAAAUACCACUAAACCUGUAGGGCCCCUGUCUACAGCAACAAUUUAAAAGGCAAGAGUAUAUAAAAGUAGUGGCAGUUUGGGUGAGAGACAAAAGGCACGAGGUUAAACAUGAAACAGCGUUUUUGCAGCCUUGAUGAAUGGGCAUACUUGAUCAGUCACUGGCAGGUAGGGUCACUUAUCCGUUGUUCAGCCAGUGGGACUCAAAAUCUAAGAUUCAUCUGGGACACUUAACUAAGACAGAUACAGUCUUUAACCUCACUCUUAGAAAUUUGGAUGGAGACCAGGAAUCUGUAUUUCUAAGAAACUUUCCAGGUGGUUCUAAAAGCAAGGCAUUUGUGGGCUGCUUUAAGAAACUUUUCUAUAGACAGUGGAGUUGGAUUAAGAAAAUAAUAGGCAAGUUUUGCACUGGACUGAUUUAAAAGAACCUAAAACAAUAGUCAAGACAGCUGCUUAUCUGUGAUAACUGUCGGUCCCUUCUCACCCUAAAAGAAGCAGGGGUUGUUAACUGUGUAUCCCUUUUGUCUGGAGAGUCCUUUUGGAAUGAAGGUCUCUCCUCUCUGCCGUUCUUGGGUCAUUUCCAAAGCCUCAUACCAGAGGACGAAGUCACAGUGCAUGCAUUACUUUUUAAAAGAGUGAGAUACAGGUGAUGAGGCUUACUUUUUUUACUCCGUUUUGUUCCUUACGGAAGGUGUAUCCCACCUCUCUGUAACAUCGUUCUGUUUUAGGUGGGAUGAUUCCUAUAAGAUCUCUCCUUACUAUGGAAUCAUAUGUUUUUCAAACUGUUAUAUCUUUGAUAUAAUCUAAUACUCUUUGUUAGAAGAGGAACCUACAUCUAUAGAGAGGAGAAUAUAUACCCAUGGCCGGUGUUCAGUCGGUACUAGACUCCAUUCAGAUGUCCUGACUCAUGGUAGUUAAAUAUGUAGAAAAGGCAAAUUUUUAAAGAAAUAUUUAUUAAUAUAUUCCUAUGAAGCAUUUUAAAGAUAACAUAAAAUGGUUAAUUUUUCCAUUCUAAAGUAAAUGCUAAGCAUGCUUAUUAAUGAAGCAGUACUUCUCAUUAGUUUAUGACAUUCUGAAGUUCAUGAAAAUUGUACUGAAUGUGUCCUUGGUGUAGUGGAGGGAUUUGGGGACUGGGAUAUAGAGUGCUUGCUGAGGCCUGGGAGCCCGCCUUGGCGCAGCUCGAAGUAAGAAAAGAGGCAUGGCCCUGUCUAAACUAAGGUGUUAGUGUUCAUUCCCAGCAGACAUGAAGGAAUAAGGAGACUUCCCUGACGUCCACCUUCCCAACCCCUCCCAGCCUCGCCUGUCCAUCACGCAGCCUGAAGUGUGGAGACGUGUUAGUGCAAGGUGCUGGCUCCUCCUUAUUCUGUCCAGAGACAGCUUUGGGUAAUCAUUUCAGAAGUCCCUCACAGACAGGAAAAGUAGUGUUUGUAUGUUUGUUUUUAAAUAACCCAAGUACAAAUUUAUGUUGUAUUCAGCACAAUUGGAGUUCAGGUCUUUAAUUUUAGACAUAAAGUGCCUGCUGCUUUAAGCAUUGACUUGUAUAAAAAGAAUUGCAUGUCUCACACCAGUAAGUUUAUGAGUUUUCUCAUUUUCAGCUACAUAGCUUUUAAUCAUGUAAAGCAAAACAUUAGUUUUGUUGCAUUUUAUUACAGGUUCUUUGUUGCAAUAAAGAUGCUGCUAAAAUUAA